CCGUCUUGGGGAACGCCCGGUCGGUCGUCCAGGUUUGGCUUUCAAGUUUGACCAGCAGAGAUUGAUUGAUUAAUCCGAAGGAGUUUUGUGGAAUUUUAAUAAUUUUUAAAAUGAAAAGGUAAAUUUAAACCGGACCCGAUCGUGCAUUCCUGUAAUCCCAGCACUCAGAAAACUGAGGCAGGAGAAUGCUCACCAGUGGCAGGCCACCCUGGACUAUAUAGCAAGACCCUACCUCAGAAAAAUCAGUAAAUUUAGCGUUCUUUGAGAAUCGAACAGAUGAACUGCAUUUGAUGUCAAGGAGAGCUCGGUGACUUUUAGUACUCGCUCUGCAUAGCUGAACUUGCUUUGAAACAUUUCUGAUUGUCUUGGGAAAAGUUGCAGAUCCCUCAGUCUUCCUCCAACAGAUGAAAAUAUCUGAUUAAGACGCUGUUCACCAACUGAACUGGAAAUCGCUUUUAUCAGAGAAAGCAUAUCUACACCAGAAAGCAGCUUAUUAAAUAAAGCCCAUAUUAAACUGCCCACUACUGAUGAGUUGCCUCUGGAUCCACCCAGACGUCUAGCUGUAAGCAUUUCAUCACCAAGUAUUGACAUAUUAAUAAGAACUGAGGAAUUCGGAGAAGAGUUUCAGAGAGCGGGAUGUUAAACUGAGAGCCAGAGGGUGGGUGAGGCUUCCGAGAUGUCAGACAUCCUGCGGGAGCUGCUCCGUGUCUCUGAGAAGGCUGCUAACAUCGCCCGGGCCUGCAGGCAGCAGGAGGCCCUCUUCCAGCUGCUCGUCCAGGAGAAGAAAGGCUCAGAGAAGAACAAGAAGUUCGCUGCAGAUUUCAAGACCCUGGCGGAUGUGCUGGUGCAGGAAGUUAUAAAACAGAACAUGGAGAACAAGUUUCCAGGCUUGGGGAAGAAAGUUUUUGGAGAAGAAUCCAAUGAGUUCACAAAUGAUUUGGGGGAAAAGAUCACUGUGGAAGUACGGUCCACAGAGGAGGAGACAGCAGAGCUUCUCAGCAGAGUCCUUGAUGGCAACAUGCUGGCGUCUGAAGCGUUGGCUAAGGUGGUGCAUCAGGAUGUGGACUUAACUGACCCCACUCUGGAGUCCCUGGAGAUCCAGGUCCCACAGGACAUUCUGGGAAUUUGGGUGGAUCCCAUUGAUUCAACCUAUCAGUACAUUAAAGGUUCUGCCGACGUGAAGUCCAACCAAGGAGUUUUCCCCAGUGGACUUCAGUGUGUGACCAUUUUAAUUGGCGUCUAUGACAUCCAGACAGGCAUGCCCCUGAUGGGAGUCAUCAACCAACCUUUUGCGUCUCAAAACCUGACGACGCUAAGGUGGAAGGGCCAGUACUACUGGGGCCUUUCUUACAUGGGGACCAACAUCCAUUCCCUGCAGCUCGCCACCUCGAAAGCGGACGACGGUGAAUCCCAGACUGAAAACGCAGACACAGAGUCCUCCGGGCCCUGUUCUGCGGUCAUCAGCACCAGCGAAAACGAGGCCGUCAAAGCCGCACUGUCGCGGGUGUGCGGGGGCGGCGUCUUCCCCGCCGCUGGGGCCGGCUACAAGAGCCUCUGUGUAGUCCAAGGCCUGGUGGACAUUUACAUCUUCUCAGAGGACACCACGUACAAGUGGGACUCCUGUGCAGCUCACGCCAUUCUGAGGGCCAUGGGUGGGGGCAUUGCAGACAUGAAGGAGUGCUUGGCGAGAAGUCCCCAAGCGGGGCUGGAUUGGCCACAGCUGCUGUAUCACGUGGAAAACAGAGGCGCCUCCGGGGUGGACCUCUGGGCCAACAAGGGAGGACUGAUCGCGUACAGGUCCAGGCAUCGGCUGGAUUCCUUCCUGAACUGCCUCAUCCAAAACCUCGGGCCUUUGAAGACACAGCAGACGUAGGACUCUGACCUCAGCUCGCCCUUGAACCGAACUGAACCUCUUCUUGUUAAUCUCUAUCUGUCAAAUAUAGUUUCGUCCUGUUGAUGGUUAAUGUUCACCGUCCCCUUUUGAGGAACAUUUUCCCCAUUAUGUGUUCAUAAUGUUAAUUUCAGUAAAUUAGUGACUUUCGUGUCACAACUAAGUUCGUAUAUGAUAUUCUUAUAGUGAACGUUUGUGUUGUUAAUGUUGCUUGGAAACCAUCAAUAAAGUACCAAGGGAGGAGCAAAAAUGUC